AUGUCCUACACUAUCCGUCUCCGUAUCGAGAACGGCACCUCCGACACCCUCACAGUUGUGGAAAAGACCUGCUGGUACUAUGCCAACGGGAGCACCUGGACCGAGAAGGACGGCGAGCACGUGCUGUUCAUGGGAGGCAGCGGUACCUCUGGAAUGCUCCGCUUCAAAACUUCCUCUGGCGACUUCUUCACCGUGGUCCUGGGUAUGCACAAUUACAACCCAUGGUCUGGGUUACUAGUGAAUCUGCGGGAAGAUGAUACGGCACUGAAACUGCAUCCGGAAUACUACAACGGAGGCAAGUUUUCGAGCUUGACGCCUGAUGCCGCAUAUACUCCUCCCACAGCCCAUGGUAAAAAUGUCUGGAUCACUUGGCAAAGGAAGGAUGAAAAUGAGGUGUUUUUUGUUUUGCAUUACCAUCCAUACUAUCAGGUGGUGAACAAGCGAACUUGCUAG